CAUGUUUUCCAGAAAGAGCGGACUGGUGCUGCACUGAGGUGGAAACGGAAAAAAAUAAAUAAAUAAAAAGCGUAAGAAAUGAGAGGAGGCCUGGAGUUUUUCUACAAUCUGCAGUGAAUCCACGCGGGCUGAGAGCCGAGCUCGCGCACGCCGUGGUUUCAUCAUCAUCAUCACAGCGCGCGCGUCUGGGUGACGCCGGAAGACAGCACGCGCAGCCGAAAAGCAUCAACUCGACCGCCUUCCUCCUGCGCUGAAGGGCCAACAAACAAGAAAAUGUAUCAAGUACCAGUCCACGAUUUGGCAAAACUCAGAAGAUCACGAAAAAGAGUGAAAAGUAUUUUGUGUGACAUCGCCUUGCAGAAUUGUCAGGACUUGAUAGAGGAAUACAGACCUUUUGAUGCUGGCGAGGCAAGUUUCAACAACACCGAGUGGAGUGAUUUCACCGAUGGUCAUGUUGGCAGGAGGAGAAAAAAGUGGAAAUACCGGACGGAAGCGCUGUGCUGCAGCCUGUGUUGGUUUUCCACACGGUCUUUUUACACCUUCAGAAGUCAUGCACUGCGGUGUCACAGGGAGGAACUAGACCUGGCAUCCCUUUUAGCCUGCCCAAGCUGCCCUUUUGUCAGCCGCCCAGAAACCAUAAAUCAGCACCUCAAGUAUUUUCACCCCAUGCCUCCAAAAGCAACAUCUACACCCAGCCUGUCAGUUAUUCAGCCACCUAAAACUUUAACCCUUGCAUCAUCUUCCAACCUGGUGGAUGAUAGGUACAUGUGUGUGAACUGUGGCUACAGUGACUCUUUACUUUAUGUGAUGAAGAAACAUGUUUUGGUGAACCACUAUGCUACGUUAUUAAACCGUUACUUUGGCCACAGAUUGGAAAGUGUCCAAAACACAGGCGGUCAAAACAAAACUGCCAGAGUUCUGAAUUCUAAGUAUUACUGCAAGGAGUGUAAACUGCCAGCAGAGACCAUAGAACAUCUCCUGUAUCACAUUUUGAGCUCGGACAAGCAUAAGGAUCUGCACUGGCACAUUAUGCCAUUUAUCAGCGAAAAGACUGUCUCUGCCCAAAAUGCUGCCCAGACUAACUUGCUAAAUCUUGCACCAAAUUUGAAUCAGGUUAAAAAUGUUAGCCUGGUUACAGGAUCCAACUUUGAGCAACAAGGUAAACAAAUGAAAGGACAUUUAAUGGCUAAAUCUAACGGCACAAUGUUCGUGGCGGGGCCGACCAACACGGCAGGUCUUCUGUGCUCUGCUGGAGCGAGGCAGGUCUUCCUCUCCUCCCAAACUCCAGCUUUACUACAACAGCAGGCCUCUAGUGGGAUCCAUCAAGGUUUGUCUACCUUGUCUUCCUCUUCGCUUGUUAAAUCUAUACAGAUGGUGAUGCCAAAUAUGCAGAAUGCUUCUAAACAGAUUCCCAUGACCAUGACGGUGCCUAGGCUUUCACAAUCUCAAUCAGCUCAACCUGUGCUUCUGCCCCCAGGAGUUCAGGUCAGCCUUCCCGGAAAAACUAGUGUACGUCCACCCGUGCUUUUUACUCACAGACUACAGCUCAACCAGUCUGCUCCCAGACAUCCCCUCAUAGCGUCUCAGUCUGUCCGACUCAUUCCUACAGGCAACAAAGUGAAUGGUGUCCCAACGUACACUUUGGCUCCUGUACAGGUUGACACAGUACCUGGCCAGCCUAGUGCUACUCAAGUCGUCAGUCAGACACCAAUAGUCAUGACACAAAAUGGGCCCCAGUCCUCAGGAACCUCUCCAUCAAAGUCAUCAGUACCGCCUGCUAAGCCAGCAUCUUCAGGCCAAAAAGAGGUGGCACAUAAAAAAAAUCGACCAAAUAAACUGGCUGUUUUUGCACCGUUUCUAAAGAAACAGAAUGACGAUACUGUAAAAUGCCUACGGUGCAAGGUUUUGUUGACCGAGCAGUGGAUCUUUCAGCAUUUGUUGCAUGGUUUGAAGUGCCUGUUUUGCCCUCUGAUGUUCUACUCCUUCAAGCAGAUCAUGGAGCACUCAAACAAAGAGCACAACUUGAAAAUAAAGAAAAACAGAGACUUCAUCAAAAUAGAGUACAAACUUGACUGCGAUGAGGAAGGCAACAUUGAGUUUUCCACUUUCAGCUUGAACACAGACGUGCCCAAAGACCUGUUGGAUAAUCGAGAACUCAACCUCGUGCUGGUCACUAGUGCUCAAGAGAAAAUCUACAUAAAGAUGUACCCAGACUCUGCGAAGGCUGUAUACCCACCCACGCUGAAAAACAUACCCACAAUGUGUCCAUUCUGCCAGAUGAAGCUGCAGAAUUUGGAGGACUAUGAGCACCAUUUAAAAGCCAUCCAUCACAUUGUGCCCACCAUCCAUGCCAUCUUGAAAUCCCCUGCCUUCAAGUGCAUCUACUGCUUUGGGGUGUAUUCUGAAAAGUCCACCCCCAAAACCAUUUCUAUACAUGUGCAACGAUGUCGGUGUGCUCCCAAGAGUGUCAAGGAAGCAGAGAAGCGCCUGAAUCCAGACACAACUGGGCAUGCCAAUGGCGAUAUGGUGAACUCCAUCCAGCAGAGUUUCCAACCACACAUCAUACUGAAUCCAGGAGACAGACAAAUCAUCAAAGAAAAGUCCAAGAGGGAGUCUACUGCUGAGAAGAACACCAGCAGAGGCAUCAAGGCCUGCAAGACUGAUAUUUGUGCCCCAGUCGAGCUGAUACUGGACCCGUCAGGAAUGGAGAUGCGCUCUUUUGAGGACAGGAAAGAGUUCCUUACAAAGUACUUUCACAAUAAGCCCUACCCAUCAAAAAUGGAGCUGCUAACGCUUGCUGCUCGUCUGUGGUUGAACAAGACAGAUGUGCUUCAUCACUUCGGUAUGAAACGGAGCAGAUGCAUGAAAACAAUCCAGAGGAGGAGAACUGCAGUACUGCUGGGCUUCAACAUGACGGAGGUGAAUAAAGUGAAACAUGACCUUCUUAUUCCAGAGGUGGAGCCUGCUGUCUGAAGAAAUACUGUAUUUAUAAUAAAAGCAUGCCUAAGUUAGAAUUUGUGUUCUUUUAAAUUCAGUUAUUUCCAUCAAAAAAUGUUCUGGAGGGCCAUAAAAUAUCGUUCACCCUUCUACAGGACACACUGUCUUAGGAUCAUAAACAGCUUAGCUCAUGAUUUACAGCUGCAAAUGUAAACGUUAAGGCAGCAGUAAACUGUAAUAAUUUGCCCCUCUCCCUCUUGGAGUGGGAAUUACAUCGUUAAGUUAGGUGUUGAAGAUGUAAUUCUCAGGUUUGUUUAAGGAGGGUGUGUAAAUAAUGACAGAUAUGUUCAUGUUUGGGUACCACUUACGAUAUUCCUUAUGCCAGUUUGUACUUUGGCAACUCCUAUGUAAGGAUUAUUUUUUACAUGGCUAUUCUGUAAAAGCUACCGAGUGUAUGAGCCCUCUGUACAUUCUUAUGUAAAAGUGCUUUCUGGCGCCUGUAGUAUGCAUUUCUUGUUCAGUUGCAAUGCAUUACUUCUAUAUUAAAGUAUAUAGGUUUACAAUUAGUACUUUUGAGAAGUCCAGUGAACUGAUUGACAAAAUGGCUUUUUUUUUUCAUGUUGAGUGUACUAAUAGCGAAAAAAAUGUUUGCCUUUUAAACCCAUGAAUAUUCUAUUAAAAAGACUACUUGGGAUGGGCUGUGUUCUAUUUUAAAUCCAUUAGUGUCUUUAAAGAAAGUGAGAGAGAGAGAGCGAGAGAGAGCGGUAUGAACCAGUGAGAGAAACAGCUGUAGUGCAUGGUGAUUAAUGCUGUUCAAGAUUAUAUUCUGAAUAUUACAUAAAUAUAUAUUUUUUAUUUUAUAUGAAACCCUAAUAUUUCUCUAGCAAAGAAGUGGAUUGUUUUUGGUAUACGCGUGUGCAAUAAGUCAUGACAUGGUCAGUCUGCUUAAUCUGUGACAGACUUUUCUUUCUUUUUUUAAUUACGGAAGUUAAUUUUACCAAACAAGCUUUAUAAAUAAAUAUGGUUAGUGAGAUGCUAGGUGCAGUAAAGUCUAAGUGGGAAGCUGGCUAAAAUCUUCAUGAACACAGACAUCAAUGUUGCUUGGUAGCUGCUUGGAAGCUGCACACCUGAAGAGACAGAUAUAUACUGCCAUAUGUUAGGGCUUAAAUUACCAAAAAAAAAAAAAAAAAGAUUUGUGUUGGAGCACUGAAGGUUCAGCUGGUAUGACUGGAGUCUAGGAGGAAUAACUGUCCAGAUCCGAUACAGUACAAAGUAAAAACUGAGGCUAUCGUGACCCAUUUACUUCAAUACAAAUGAACAUGCAUAUAUGAAUACAUCUGAAUACUGAUGAGUGAAGGCUGAGCUUGUUUACUCUUCACACACAGAGCGCAAUUAUUCACUUGUUUAUGUCCCACAUUGAUGUUUGGUUUAGCUAUAAUCCAUACAGAAAUCUUGCCAAAAAUCCUAUUCAUCUGGACUUUGUGUUCUUUUGUUGAUUAUUACUGAAAUUCAGGAUACAAAGGUUAAACAUACAAGUCUAUAGAUGUUGAUGUAUGUUGAAUCAAUGCUCUACUUCCCUGUUGAUGUAAAAUGUUAGUGUACAGUGUUGUUCAUCAGGAGAACCAAACAAGUCGUGCCGUUGCCACUUUGACAGUUAACACAAAUGUAACUUUUAUUUCUCACAGCACAAUCCUAUAAAAAUGGUAGUAAUGUGGGUUUAAUUAUGCAUUUUGUCACAGGAGUAAUGCAUAAUUGUGUUCUUCACUGUGGUCCAAACUGUAGGAUUAUGAAGUGACAUGAUCGAGGACUACAUGCUUCAUUGGUACAAUUAUUUUUUUAUUAAUAUUAUUUUUUUGGAUCAUUCACAACUACUCCAGUCUCAGAGUUGCUUCUUGCAUCAAUACAAUUGAUGGCUAAGACUGCUCCGGAGCUGAACCUGUGUCUGUGUAGUGUUCCCUGUGUAAAUCUCCACACUGUCCUGUGUUUAUUGUAACUAAUUUUGUACACUUACACUAUGUUAACACGAUGUAGUUCUGUGUACAGAGCACUUACUGUCUUGUGUGUUGCCCUUCAGUCAUGGAGGCUUUUAUAUUUCAUCUGACGGUUUGUCUGUUAUAUGAUGAGGAUGACAAUAAAAGUGGACAUGAACUCUUCAAAGAAAGGAAAUUGAAAUUCUGUCUUAUGAUGCUUAAAUUUGACUUCAGUAAAGAAAUAAAAAGUGAACGACAUGUUAAUGCCUAAAGCUUAUACACUGCCUGGCAAGUAAGCCUUUUUUUGUACCACCUUUAGCACUAAUUACAACAUUGCAAACUUUAUGGCGUUGUUUCAACAACUAUUUGAAAUGUCUUGAAAUGUUUAUUUUUGUC